CGCCAGCUGCCCAGCUAGUUCCUGUCCCUUUCGGAGCCCGCGCCCGCGGGCCUGCUGCUCCCAGAGUCUGUCCUUCUGCUGGGCCCCAGGCAGCCCACAGUACUCGGAGCUAAUGCGCACCGGCCGGGCCCAGGCCGAGCUCCUGCUGGGCCCGGAGGCGCCCCGGCUGCGCGGUACGCUGUGUGUCACCGGCCACCACCUGCUGCUAUCGCCGGGGCCCCAGGACUUGUGGCUGCUGCUGCUGCGUAAUGUUGACUCCAUCGAGAAACGGGUCGCCGGUGAAUCGGGCACCAUCACGCUUCGUUGUAAAGACCUGCGGGUGCUGCAGCUGGACAUAGAGGGUGUGGAAGCGACGCUGGACAUCGCCCGCUCCAUCGAGGCGCUGUCUUCCCUGGAAUCGGUCAUCACCUCCUUUCCGUUCUUCUACCGUCCCAAGGGCCUGAGAUUGGGCGACGCCUGGCACUUCCACCCGCCCGAAAGCUACUACAAGCGAGUAGCUCGCGAGACCAAAGCGUGGCGGCUGAGCGAGGUGAAUGAGAACUUCAGCCUGUGCCCCAGUUACCCCCGGGCGGUGAUCGUGCCUCGCGCGGUGGACGACAAGGCCCUGGCGCUGAGCGCCCGCUUCCGCCAGGGAGGCCGCUUCCCGGUGCUCAGCUACCACCACGCACGCAGCGGAACCGUGCUGCUGCGUUCCAGCCAGCCCCUGACCGGGCCCCAGAAGCGGCGCUGCGCUGAGGAUGAGGAGCUGCUGCGGGCUGUGCUAGCAGGGGCGCGGCCUGGGGCCCAGGGCUUCGUCGUGGACACGCGCUCUGCCCAGGCUGCUAAACAGGCCCGCAUGGCCGGCGGCGGCACCGAGGCCAAGGCGGCCUACCCCGGCUGGAAGCGGCUGCACCGGCCCCUGGAGAGGGGGCGGCCUCUACAGGAGAGCUUCGUGCGCCUAGUGGAGGCCUGUGGGGACCUGGAGCAGAGCACAGAUCACUGGCUUAGUCGGCUAGAGGGCUGCAGCUGGCUGGCACAUGUGAAAGAGGCGCUGAGCACCGCAUGUCUGACAGCCCAGGGCAUGGAGAGGGAAGGGGCCUGCAUCCUGGUGCAUGGGGCUGAAGGUACAGACAGCACCCUGCUUGUGACUUCACUGGCCCAACUCAUCCUGGACCCAUUGAGCCGAACCAUGGUUGGAUUCCAGGAAUUGGUGGAAAGGGAGUGGAUCCAGGCAGGCCACCCCUUCCAGCUGCGCUGUGCCCACUCGGCCUUCUCCCACGCCCGCCCCAAGCACGAGGCACCCACUUUUCUCCUCUUCUUGGACUGCGUGUGGCAGCUGGGCCGCCAGUUUCCACUGUCGCUGGAGUUUGGGGAGGCGCUGCUGUUGGCGCUGUUUGAGCACGCCUAUGCCUCCCCUUUUGGCACCUUCCUCUGCAACAGCGAAAAGGAGAGAUGCCUGUGUGAGGUGAGGAGUCAAACACACUCCCUUUGGUCCAGGCUCAACCAGCCAAAAGAGCAACGAAAACUGAGGAACCCACUCUAUGUCCUCAAUCCAUUGGCCCUCUGGCCCUCUGUGGAGCCCCAGAGCCUGCAACUGUGGCAAGGCCUGUUUCUGCGCUGGACCCGCCCACCUGAGCCUCCAGAGGUGGCAUGGGAGAAGGUGUGGCAAAUAGUGACAGAAAAGAGAAAGACAGACGACUCUCAGCCAACAGCUUCAGCCUCUGAGCCCCAACCCUAAGUGCUGGCUCCUUGAACAGUGGCUGAGGUGCUCCUGAGACCUCUCUAGGACUCAGCAUCUUUGAAUCCUGGGUAAAGGUGCCUGCAAGCCAACCUAGCCCAUAAUACUGAAGUUUCAGGUGUGAAGUAUCCAAAGUGUAAGGAGAAGGUUCAAAUAAUAAAGGUAUCCAUGACUGGUAUCAGCUUGCUGAGGUGUCAGUGGGAAGGGAAAAUGCUAAAACUGACUCCACAAAAUAUCUGACCA